AAAAAUGGUUAUAAAAGUAGUAAUGUUAUUAGACUAAUAAAAAUUUGAACAGGUGGGAUUAGGACAAUACCAGACAAUAAAAACAAAGAGAUACGGACAGUCCUGGUACCUCUUUCUGGGCAAAAUAAGCCUGAAAAAGGACCCACGUUAACAGAGGAUUAACCCUUAAAAGCAACAGCCUGUUGCAUAUUCAUACAUCUCAUACAUGAUGCAUAAAUUCCAUUCAAACACAGGAUUCUGUCUGGUCAGUGUCAACUUCUUCCUCUUAAUCCUGACGGCAUCUUCAGGGAUGAGCGAGGCAGGAAGAAGUUCGUUUCUUCUCAUAAGAGAGCAAGAAAUUAUUUUUCUCUGAAAGAUUUAGAUCUCUCUUUGACUGCUAUCUCGGUGCAAGUACCUCAUUCCUCUCUUUAAAAUAGUAUCUUACAUAGCAUAGUUUCUAUUUUAACCUUAUGUUAUAACCUAAAACUAUAUUUAACACACUACUUAAGAAAAUUAAUACAGCAUAACUUUCUGACAUAACACAUAUAAUAUUCAUUUUAAUAUUUGUGAAAAGCCAAUCAUAAAAUAUGCAUUUUCCACAGCCAUGCUCAGCUGGCCUGGGACAGACUGAAGGCUCAGUGCCAUCUGCCACAGAGCUUGUCCGAUGGGAUACUCAGGAUGGCGGUGUGGCUGCCGUGUCACCUCGGCUCGCACGGUGGCUUCAGUUGGGUACAUGUGGUUCAUAAGGACAGGAGCCUCUCCCAGCCAGCCCCGGCCGUGCCUCCAGCCGCUGCUCGGGGAACCGCGGGGAGCAGGCAAGCACACGUGUCCCAUGCCUACUUAAUCUCUCCAUCACGAAAUAUUUUCAGCUGGAGAUUUUCCGUCAGGCGUGGCUUAUUUGCUUAGGGACCCCAGGAGUUCUCUUGUCCAAGUGCUUACCUGUCACCCUUUGAUGUCACCUAAAAUUCCUGCCGCCACACAUCCUUUGGCCAAGGGGCUCAUCCACCCACAUGCUACCAUUUGAGUGACUUGUUCUUCUGUGAACCUGGCUGCUGUGGUUUCCUCCAAGAGCUGCAGAGCCCGGCCCUCUCCCUGCCCGGCCCCAGCCCCCGCUCCCGGUCCCGCUCCUCGUCGCAUCCCAUCCCGUCCCGUCCCGUCCCGUCCCGUCCUGUCCCGGUGGGGCCGGAGCAGGACCGCGGGUCCUCCACUCCGCAAGGGGGAGCCACAGGAUUCGGGCCCGCUGCACGCCUGGGGCGGUGCUCGUUGUUCUUGGCCUCGCCCAUGGGCGGGGCUUGUGCAUCGUAGCCACGCCCGUCGUGGGCGGUGACAGCUGGGAGCUCUGUCUGCAGUAGCCGCGCCCUCACCACGCCCCACUGUCCACGAGGCGCCGGCGCGGGCGCUGAUUGGCCGGUGGCGCAGCGCGGGCGCUGAUUGGCCGGCGGCGCGGGGCGGUGCGGGCGCUGAUUGGCCGGCGACGCGCGGCGCAGCGCGUCUCGGCGCGGCGCGUCAGUUCCGCGCUGGGCCCGCGAUGCUGUCGGCGGGCGGCGGCUCCGGCCCCGGCGGGGCGGGCGGCUCCGGGCCGGGGCUCGGCGGCGACGGCGAUUUCCUGUCGCGGUACAGGCUGGUGUCGGCCAAGCUGCGGCGGCGGUUCCUGCGGAAACCGAACGUGGCGGAGGCGGCGGAGCAGUUCGCGGCGCUGGCGCGGGAGCUGCGCGCCCAGGAGAGCCUGCCCUACGCCGCCUGGUGCCAGCUGGCCGUGGCGCGCUGCGCCCAGAGCCUGUUCCACGGCCCCGCCGAGGCGGCCGCGCUGGCCGAGGCCGCGCGGCUCUUCCUGCGCCAGGAGCGGGACCUGCGGCAGCGCCUGGGCUUGCGCGGCGGCUUCGGCGAGCACGUGGCGGCGGCGCAGAGCUGCGGGGCCUUCGCCGCCCGCCUGCACCUGGAGCGGGGGCAGCCCGCGCUGGCGGCCGGGCCGUGCCUGGAGCUGGCGGCGGCGCUCCGCGACACGGGACAGCCCGCCCGCGCCGCCGCGCCCCUGCAGCGGGCGGCGGAGCUGCUGACGGCGGCGCGGCUGCCGCUGCAGGCUCUGCGCUGCCUGGCCGAGCGCGCCUCCUGCCUGCUGCUGGCCCGCGACUACGCCGGGGCGCUGGCCGCACUGACGCGGGCGCAGGCGCUGGCCGGGGCCGGGCUGGGCGGUGCGGCCGGGGCCGGGACCGCGCCCGGCGGCGCCUUCCUGGACGUGCUGGCGCGCUGCGAGGUGUCGCGGGUGCUGCUCCUGCUUCUGCUGCAGCCGCCGCCCGCCAAGCUGCUGCCCGAGCACGCCCGCACGCUGGAGCAGUACUGCUGGGAGGCGCCCGACGGCGGACCGGGCACCGGGAGCGGCUCCGGGACUGGCGGGGGUCUGCCGCCGGCCGCCAGCUACCUGCCGGCCGAGCUGUUCCUGCUGCUGCAGUCGGCAGUGCUGGCGUGCCAGGAGAAGGACGCGGAGGCGCUGAAGGCGCUGCAGGCCGAGCUGUGGCCACUGCUGAGCGCCGAGCAGAACCAUCUGCUGCACCUGGUGCUGCAAGAGAUGCUGAGCCCCGCCGGACAGGGGCUCUGAGCGCCGCCGCCCGCAGGGACAGGUCGGACUGGUCGCUUCAGCCACCGCCAGCACAGACUCUAUUAUUCCGUUAUUUAUUUUUAGAACGAGUUGAAGUAAUGGUUGGUGAGAGAAUGCGUUCAUCUACACGUAUGCCUUGUGUCAUAGUAAACUGCUUACUGUAUGCACUGAAAGUUGUCAUGCUUGGAAAAAGUGUAACCCUAAAGCAGAACGGCCAUUUCAGGGCAGAAGGAAGCUGUUCAUUAAAAGAUUGGCUGCAAUUC